AUGAUAGAGAACCUGUCGAAGAAACGUAUGGUGUUUGGAAUCAGCUGCCUUAUUCUACUAACCAUAGUUGUACUGAUCAUCGAAUCCAAAUGGAUGAAGGCAGGCUCUCGGCGACAGGAGUUUGUGAUUGAAAAUAAUUCCACCUGCUGGCAGCGCGAAACGUACGAGGUGAUCAAGGAUUGUCAUCCGUGCACUGCGUUCGAGAUUGCGAGCAAAUCCCAGGGUGUUUGUGUGCACACGCACAACAAAGAAGUUUUGAAGUGUAUUGGCGGAGAAAUCGUUACUAGGAGUUGUGAUCGGGUUGCUUGGCUGGAUGAACGCCAUUACUGGUCAUUCCAAAUUUCAUUGACUAUUAUCGGUACGCUAUCGGCAGCGAUAUCGUUUCUACGACAGAAAACUCUUAAUCGACGAACAAUUUUAAAGAUACAGCGGGAACUAGGCGCAUAA